AUGGAAACAAAAUCAGCAAUUUCUGAAGCUAUGAUGGUUGCCUUCUCGACGGCUGUCUCUGUUGUACCAAAGAAGACCUCCAGAAAUUUAUCGGAUUUUAAAGAUAUAGCACAUUUAGCUGUUGCUGUUAAUGGAUUUGCUUUGACUCCGCGUCAACGAUUACUUAUUACUACAUCAUAUACAAAAUGGCAAAAAAAAAAGAAUAAUAAUAAUGAGACAGUUGGUCAAUGGGUACAUAAAUAUAUUUGUGAUAAUUAUAAAGAUCUUAAAAAAAUUUUAACAAAUCCAAAAAAUAAGGAUGCUGUUGAAUUAUAUACAAAAACAAUAACAUCAAUAAUUGAUAUGUCAGUAGAAUCAUUGGAAUAUUUAGAUGAUGCAUUAGGACCAUUAUUUGUAUCAUAUACAGCUGAAGGUGGUUUAUUAUCAGAAUAUGAAGAUUUAUUUAAUGAAUAUUAUUGGAAAUGUGUUUGUGAAGCAUUAUGCCAAUUUGGAAAAGAAUUAAGUUAUUCAAGGUUACUUCGUUAUGAUACAAUAUAUGCAUUUAGAAUUGUAAUAUUAUUUAUAUCUAAAAAAAUUACAAAUGGUCUUCAAAUGAAACAUGAAGAAUUUAGUGGGUGUAUUAAUAAUGAUAAUAGUUGUUGUAUAAGUAAAAGUGCAAGCAUCACGAAGAAUAAAAAGUUUAAGGAUACUUAA